AUGGGUCUAUUUAGGAAAUCCAAACCUGCAGUUACCAGGGCUUCCAACGGGCCGUACUACGGUCCGUACAAAGUGAACCGUAACGGUCACGUGUUCAGUACGAACGUACCAAGUUCGUACAAUUACGUGAGCCGUAACAGUUACGAUACGUACACCUACCUCUCCUCCUCCCUGUUGCCUCAAAAUCGCCCAAUCGUACAGUACUACGCCUCGUUGGAAGCCCUGGCAGUUACCACCUCUUCUGAUCCUCUUGUCACCUACCACAUCUCACAAAAUCUCUCCGGAAAACUCAACGUUACCUCGGAAUCACUGAACUCGUAUUCCUACUCGAUCACACUCUCGGUAAAAAAGGCAUGGCGUGACACAAUUGAAGUCGCAAUUCACCGCUCCAUCUACUCGACCUUCCAACAACAUGGUGACGUCGUCGGCCACUGCCUCAUACAAACGGUUCAGGGAAAGUUCUUGGAAUGCAAGUUCGAUGCGUAUGGUACAGAUAUCACUCUAGAUCGCUCAGGGAGCAACACGAACAUGAACAAGAGUACCUAUGCCCUCUCGGUGCCGGGACUGGGGAAGUACAAGUGGAUGCAUGACUUAGAGUCCAUUACUGGCGUAGAUAGGCGAUUGAAAUUGGUGGACGAACAGUCGGGAGCGGUUUUGGCUCGGUUUGGAGGCUCGCAGAAGGGGAUUAGUGAGUUUGGAGUUUUGGAGGUGUAUGAUUACAAAGUGACAGGAGAUCAGGAUUGGUGUGGAUUGCUGAUUCUCACCGCCGUGUGCGUGUUUGCAAGGGAGGAGAGGAGUAGGGAAAAGAGAAAGAAGGUAGGCAGUGUGGCUGGUGCAGUGGGUAAUUGGGGUGGGCUACUGACUAUGGGGGUUCCAAUGGGGAACUAG